AUUUCCAUGUGGAUGAAUUACAUAGAUUUUUUUUUUUUUAUCUGCAUAAAUCCCUCUUUUAAGAAGCGGUAUUGUGUCCCAUGACUUUCGCCCUGUUAAACAGCACCUAAAGUAUGCUGCGCUGACUUCUGUCAUACGAGAAUGGGAGUGCAUUAAAUGUAGAUGUGGUUUCUGCAACACCAUGGUGUUGCAGAAGGUGUGAUAAAUAGUGUUAAAUAGUACUGAGGCCUUCUGUAGUGGCACGUUCAAAUCCUCUGUUGCAAGUGUAAAAACUUGUUGAAGCAGCUGCUUUUAUGUGCAGCAUGUCUACUUACUAGUGCUGGGCGAUUAGGGCCUAAAAAAUAAUCUCAUAUAUAUAUUUUUUUUUUCAUAAAAAAAGAUGUAAAUAAGAUGUAAUGUAAUCGAUUUUUUUCCCGCUUAUUAAGAAUCAAACUACAGAUGACAAAGAAAUGGUUCAAAACUAGGUUUACCUGUAAAAAAAAAUAAUCAUAUAUAUAUACAAGAAAAAUAGACGUUCAUUGAUAGCGUGCCUUAUAAUAUGGUGUGCCUUAUAAUCCGAAAUAUACAGUAUUUCUGAAUUCUCAGUGAACGUUGUUCUGUUGAAUAAUUUAGAGGUAAAAACGAGGAAAAAGAUCUAGAAAUUCAAUGGUUUGUGCAUAUUUUGAAGUGGCAGACUGUACAGCGUUGUGUGUAUCAAUGGUGGGUCAAUGGUGCUCUCUUGUGGAUCACUGUGAAAAGUGAUAUUGACAGUAGGUUGAGCUGCUGUACAUUCAUUAGUUCCAGACCUCACCACUGUAGAGCAAUGCAGGGGGCAAAUCACGACCUUUAAGGAGAAUUAGGUCAUUCAAGUAAGUAAAAGGAAGCUGUGUUACAGACACCAUUGGAGUAACCACUUCCGUAAUUGGCAGUACAGUUACGACACUCUAAGGUGUUUUGGUGAUUACACAGACAGACAGACAGAUAGACAGAGAGACAGUAACUCAGCGUUUUAGUCGUUUCUAGAACUCAUUCAUAGAUCAGACAUGCCUGAGAACAUUUACAGCAAUGAGAUGAGCAUCGAGGAGCUGAACAGAGGAGAUAAAGUGGAGAUGAUGGUGGAGAUCUACGAGAGCACAGACACUAUUAGAGACCAUGACCACAACACAGACGUGAAGGGUGGCGAACCAGAGGAAACCAAACUAAAGAGGAAGCCGCAAACAGAACAGGGAGGAGCAGAUACCCAUUUAGUAGAGAACAGAAGAUACAGACUGGCUGCAGUGGGUCUUGGUUUAGGGUUGCUGUGUGUUCUCAUGCUGUUGGCCAUCAUACUGCUGUGGAUUAGGCUCAACAACCUGACAGGAGAGAGAGAUCAAUACAAGAAGCAGCUUUCAGAAACUGUUAACUACACCCAGCAGGGAUGGAGGGUCUUCAACACCAGUCUUUACUACGUCUCCACUGAAAUGAGGAGCUGGAAUAGGAGCAGAAACUACUGUAGAAAGAGAGGAUCAGACCUGCUGAUCAUCAACACCAGAGAAGAACAGGAGUUCAUCAUUAAAAAGCUGAGCAGCUCUCAGGCUUGGAUUGGUCUGAGUGACAGUCAAACAGAGGGGGUCUGGAAAUGGGUGGACGGAUCAGAACUGAUCACUGGGUAAGAGACUCCUGAACUGAACUCUGAUCAUGAUGCAGUUACUGACUCUCACUCCUCACUGCUCUGAUAAACACUCUGAUACUCUCCUUCUCUCUGAUAGGUUCUGGUACUCUGGAGAACCCAACGGUAACAGAAAAGAGAACUGUGUGAUAACUGGUUAUGGGUCUGAUUUUAUGAAGAACUGGGCUGAUUUUCUGUGUAGUGAUAGAUUUUUUUGGGUCUGUGAGAAGAGAAUAUUUAACUGAGUGUCUGAGUGAAUAUGAUUUUUGAAUGUGUAAUCUGGUUUAAAGGCACAUUAUGCAACCCCUGGUUGGUUUUCUUACGAUGCUUCCUCUACAUGCCAGAAGUACAGUGUUGUGAAACAGUGUUUGCUUUUAAACUUUAAUAUCGGACAAAUAUAACCUGAGGAAAUAAAAAAUAUUUUUUUAAUUGAUUAAAAAUGAUUUAAACAAUAGUAAAAAAAAAUCUAUCCAAACCAACCUGGCUCUUGUAAAAAAGGAUUUACCAAUCAACGAUGGCGAUGAGUCUUUCACAUAUCCGUGGGGGGUUUUUGUUCCACUUAGUGUGCAGUUUGAGACAAAUAUACCUCACAGGUUGUCAGCUGACAGCUGCGUUAAAUGGCACCCGUCAAACCCCAGUGUCAGAAUCAGCAAUAAAGAGGCAACUUCAUGAUACUGGAUUUCAUGGCAGAAUUUCAUGGCCAAGAAAAAAAGCCUUAUCACCCACUGACCAAUUAAAAGACAAUACUGCACUGGACCCUGGAAGAUUGAAAGAAUGUAUUGUGGACAGAUGAGGCCUUCUAGAAAACAAGAGGUCUAGAAGUGAAGGUCAAGGAAACCUGACAGCCAUAUCUUCCAGAGGUUUUCAGAAGCUUUCACUGUGGACAUUGUCCCAGAUUACAGACUUACUACCUUCGGCUAUUUUGACAGCUCUGUUUCUUUUUUUUUUAGCAGAACAGCAGCUAAAAAAGUCAUACUUCUAUCAUGAAAGUCCCCAGUGGCACCAGAGGUGGUUCAAUGAGAUGUUAUUUAUCAUACAAAUAAACAGGUUACAUUGCAGUGACUCUAAAUCAUACAAACGGUUCCAUAAUGGGGAGCAGUCCUAAAUAAUCUGGACCUAGUUUGAUACCAGUCCCACUUUAAUAUUUUAUAAUUUAAUGUGACAUAUCAGCACAAUCAAUUGUCUUUACUUCUUUAUAAUGCCGGUACUUGGCAUCCUGUUCUUUUCCCUCUCCCUGUUUCUCCUUCUUUUCUUUUUUUAAUAUUUUUGUUUUAGAUGCUCUGGUGCCAAUGUAUGUCUCUGUUUGCAUAUUGGUAUUGUUAGCAUGUGUGUUGUGUUCUUCUGUGUCACUUAAUAAAUAAAGUAUAAAAAAAAAAAAGGAAA